AUGACGCAGAGCGCAGGCGAUUCCACGUCCAAGAAAGCUCCCGAGGCUUACCAGACAAGAACGGGCGAUAGCAGCUCGAAGCAAUUCUUGGAAGGCGAUGGUAGCGGCAGCUCCAAGCAAAGAAAUGCUGCACCGGACAACAAAAAGGCCAACAUGCCGCCACUUGCGUCGUUUGAAAGUGGGAGGAUACCUGCUCCAAAUAUGGCGGCGUGAGCUCAUUUUUUUCGAAGAAAUUUUUUUUUUUGCUAUGCGACUUUGGUAGCCAUCCACGUUGGCAUGACAUGUGUCCCACGACUGGAGUUAGUUGACAUGCCCAGUCCGGAACCUUCGGCCGGAGCCCGGUAUAGCGGCCCGCCUUUGAUGCGACAAAGCGGCGACAAAUGUGGAGCGGCCCCGCUUUCACUGUGGUGCCGAGGGUCUUACGCCCGGGGGGUGUUGAAGUAUUGCCCGGAGCAGAUAAAAGCAUUCGCGCGCGCGGACGUUGCGCGGAAGGCGGUCUGCCAUGCGUGGCCUUUGCAAAUAAUCCGUCACACAGAAACACACAAACCACGGGCGACCCCUAAAAGGCGCGCGCGCCUUGUGCGGGUGCGGGUGCAUGGGGCUAGGGCCCCUCGGAAAACAGCAAAGAACCGGGGCGCCGGUGGCCCGCGAUCGAGCCACGCCAGCUCGCAUAUGUCCCGGCAAUCAAAAAAGCCGCGCGCCUAAUCUGCGCGGCGCGUUUUAUUACUCUGCAAAAGCCCAAAGCCCGCCCCCAGGGCCGGGCCGGGAUUGGCACGCGGGGCGGUGGUGCAGCUCUGAUUUUUCUCUUUCGGGUUGUGCAAGUGUUGCGCCGCGCGAUUUGUGCCCUUUUGGGCCGUCGCGCUUCGCAGCUCCGAUCCCGAUUUCGAGGCCCCUGGGAAGAAAACCUACGGCGCCACUCCAUGCGCCGCGCAUUUCGAAACAGCCGCAGGCGCCCUUUUACGGCAAUGCGGGGGCUAGGUGCCCUCUCCCCCAAGUCCGAGCGGGGGGCAUGCGGGGCAGGGCUGUAGUUGCCGCCCAUUCUGCGACCGCGUCAGGUGGAGGACGGCGGGGCCAGUUCGUGGGCUAAAAACUGGCUAAAUUUUUCGGGAUUUCCCCGAGGCCCCAAGGCCCGGGCACCUCUCUGGCUUGGCCCGUGUGCCGCCGCCCAGGUUCGUGUCUUAUCGCUCCCCCCUGUCUGGUUCGUCUCCGCCUUGUCGGUCCCAUGGGGUUUGUUCGUGUCUGUGGGCCACUGGUACAAUGCGGCCGCGGUGCCUGCUCCUACCUUGUGUUUUGUGUUUGGCCGCGCGCCAAGUUUUAAAAUUUAAAAAUUGGCCCGGUUUUCCAUAGAAAUGUGGAGACGGCCAAUUUCGACAUGUCUUCCGACGCUGGUUUUCCGGAUAUUUUGCACCACGCAAAAUAUCCGGCAGCGUGGUCAUGUGUGUUGCAGGGGAAGGCAUUAUCUCAGGCACAACAGGCUCGAGAUGGUGUCUGUCACUAUCUCGGCCAAGCCCUGGGGGUUGCCUCUCCUUAUAAUUGUUCUGCAUCGCGCUCCGCGCUGUGUUGUGUUUGUCUUUCUGAUGACGUCGACCUUCGUCGCAGGAUUCUUGUUCUAAAUGUGGCUUUGGAAAUAUAGAAGUCCAGAGGACUUCCAUGUUUCCAAAGCCGCGGGAUUCACACUUUUUCAUCUUCGAAGUCGGCGGCUAAAUCUGCAAGUUUGUGACUUCCUUCCCGAAAUCACUGUACUCGCGAAUUUAGCCGUUCGAGGCGAAGAUGAAAGGAGUGUGAAUCCCGCAAAGUUUAGAACAAGAAUUAGAAGGGCAAUUUAGAGCAUGAUUUAGCCAUGCGAUUUAGAACAAAAAAUAGAAUAGGGCUUAGAAUAGGAUUUAGCCGGCCGAUUUAGCACACAAUUUAGCGGGCCAAAUUAGAAAGGAUUUUCCGCGCUUUUUGCUAAACUGCCAAUUUAGCAAAAAGCGCGGAAGGCUAAAUCGUUUGGGGCGGUGGAAAUGUGGUGGGGAAAUAUAAUAACCAUUCGCGCAUGGGAUGGCGGCCCACUGAUUUCCGGGGGCCAAACACAUUUCCGCCGGCGCCGGCUUCCGUUUGGGUCUGUCCUUCUUGGGUUCAAGGGCUUCCGCCUUCGGGCAUUUCGUUUCCAUGUCUAUCCCCCAUGCGCCAUGGGGUGUCGUCUCGUUCUGUGCGCGCUCCGUCCGGGCCGCCGCAAAAAAGCCGUCGCAAACUCCGCUGGGGUUUUGUUUUCUUUUGCCCACGCCGCGCGGGCUUACUCUUUUCCUUCGGCGGCAACGCCACCGCGGUCGCCUUUGUUUGCCCGGACUUUUUAAAAAUCCCGAAAAAAUUAGCCAAAAUUUAGCGGGCGAAGUCGCCCCACGCCCUCCAUCUGAACCGCGAGGUGGCGCGUUCUGCGUAUUCUGCCAGCGGCCACGGCAUUUGGCUACCCCAUGCGCGUCGCGUCUUUGCUUUGCCUACAAUGCCCCCCGGCGGUGGGGCGGGCUGCGUCGCUUUCUUCGCCCGCAUGUUGAGCAAAGCCCCUCGGUUUGGGGGGGCAAGGCCGGCCGCCUGUUUUCCACAUGCCGAAAGGGCCGGCGAGGAACCGUGGCAGCCUUCGGAAGGUGCUCGCGGCUGGUUGGAGGCGGUGUUCCAUGGCAAAAAUAGAGCGCCCAGAAAAGAGCGGCAAGGCCGCUGGAAGAGCAGCCUGCCGAGGGCGUGCGGGCGGCUUGCGCGCGCGUGCCCUCUAUGGCAGUUGCGGCCGGUUCGGCGAUGCCUAAGUGCGGAAAGGCGGCGGGCGGCAGAUUUUGCUGGGGCUCUCGCGACCCUUUCUGUGGCUUUUUGUUAUGGGCCGGGGCCGCUAGCCCCGCCGUAGGGAUGGCGCCUCGCGUAGCCUAUUGCCGCCAAGCUUGCCGCCGUUUUUCUGUUUUGGCGCCUUCGGCGUCGCGCAGAAGACGGGAAUCAGGAGCCUGUGGUGGCGCACAGAGGUCGCAAAAACCGGAAGGGCCCCCACACACAAUGGCCCCGGCCUUUGGGUGGAAAUCAUACGCAAAGGCGCACGGGGGAAUGUUGUUCUGCGGCUUUGGUGCAGGCGUUGGUGGUUGCGCGUCUGCAGCAACCGGCAAAGCCCCCGAAGAACGAGGCCGCGCGCCGCAUUCCGGAAGCCUGUGCUGCUAGACAUGCAACCUGCGGACCGCGCUAGCGGUUCGGCUUUACUAUUUUCACCCCCCCGGAAAAAAGCCCCUCACCCCCCCCUCCCGGAGAGGCGAAAGCGCCAGCAUUCCAUCGGGGGAAGCUUCGAAACCACCCCCCCCCCUCCGGGACCGUUCACCCCCCCCCGACAGGGGCCUUCCCGAUGCCCCUCAAAGACAGAGGCCCCCGAGGAAAGGCGUCGCGGCGCGGCGUAGUGGGCUGCCUAAAUGUGUGAGCGCUGCAGGCCUUGCGCACCGGCGGGCGGGCAUAGGCGAGCGGCCUUCCGGGCGUAGCAGGACACCGCUAGGCCCUUGCGAAUACAACAAAACCCGCACUGCCCUGCCUAAGCAGUGCGACGCGCCCGCCCGGGCCCGCCUGCCAGCACGGCCAUGGCCUUUUUGCUUCGCAGGGCCCGCGCUGCUCUCCGGCGUGCCUAAGCGACAGCAAAGGGCGCGGUGGUUUUUCGGACCGACCCCGGGGCCCUUUGCGCUUACUCUGCACCCGCCCCGGGAUUGUUUCUGAUCCUAGCGGCCUCUGCAUCGCUGCGCGCGCCGAAUCACGAAACUCCGCCCGCCACGGGGACAGCGGCCUUGCUGGCGGUUGGUAGUUCUUUCGCAGACCCCAAAUCCGCCCCGCAACCAAACAAGGAGGGGCGAAGGCACUGCGCGGCGCGCCCUCACGCCCCUAAUUUUUUGGCACGCGCACCCCGGGCCCCCCGCCGCCAUCGGGCCUCGGCAACCAAGGGCCGGCGACCGUGAAUGUGUUGCGAGGCGGGCAGCUGUUUGCUUUUAUUCACUUCUGCCCAAAACAGUUCGCCAGCGCCACCGCCUGCCCAGCGCCCAAGCGUGACCCUCACGCCCUUUGGGCUUUCGCUGCCUGCGUGGGCCCCCUCCUCGGCCGUGGCCGACUGUGGCGGCAUGAUGCGCGUGCCGCUGCGGAUGGCCAAUCGCCGGCAUCUCCCGGCGCGUAUGUCUGCAGCGCCAGGGCGGUGGCCGUCUCUUGUGCCCAGGUGCCGGCAUGAGGCCCCCUUCGGGGUGGAUUACGUGGCAGGCCGCCCACGGUUUGCCACCGGGGCAAAGCGGGCAGGAAGCCGGCGCGCCGCCUUCGCGCACGAUAGAGGAGGGGGCCCCCCAAAGCCCCGCCCGGGCGGUCCGGCCUUUCGCCUUUUUUCUCGGCCGGGCCCGGGGAAGUUCAUGCCCCCGCCUUCAUAUUUCCCGGCGGAGUGCGCCUGUGUGAUAUCCAGCCGCGGGGCCCCCCGCGCUUUUGUCAUCUCGAUAAGCCCCCCCAAGGUUGGGAGGCUCGCUGGGUUUCCCGCCAUUCCUGUGGCGCCAAUUUCGCACGAAGGUGCGCGAGGCCGGUGCGCGCGUACUAGUGGCGCGGCCUGUUUGCCUUCGCCAGGCCAAUCGGUUUGGGUUUUGCGGCAGAAUCAUAGACACAAACAAAGGAGCAAGGCGGCCGCCGCCCAAUUCCGCGACCCCUGGCCCCCCCAGCCCGCGGCCAAAUGUCGGCGACCACGCGCCACAGCCUGCGCACGGGCCGCGCCUCGUUUGUGGUCUCGCCGCCCUAUUGCCAUAGCGCCGCCACAGCUUUGCGGUCAUGGGUGCUGGCGGUUCCACGUUCGCGCACCGCUCCGAGACGGGUCCGCGCCUCAGCUUCCUGCUUUACCACCCCGCCGGCUACCGCAAUAUCGGGCUCCGUCUUCAUUUCGCAAGCGGGCCUUCUGCUAUUAGUCACAGUAAUGGGGCCAGUAAAUGCACAUAUUGCUAGGCAUUUAGGUGGCAUAUGAAAAAAAAAAAAUUUUUUCAAAAAAAAUGAGCUCGCGCCGCCAUACCAAAGGGCGGCGCUAACAAAGGACCGGCUCCGUCUGCAAAUGCUCCCGAUGCGACGAGUGGAUCCCCUCCUGCGGUAAAGAGAAAGACGAAUUCCAAUUCGAUAGUUGUACCAAAAGCACCAUCAGAUCCUUCUCCCCCGUCUGGGGAAAUAGCAAAGAGCAAUCUUGGAGGGGAGCCCAGUACUGGAUCGGUCACAGCGGAAGCGAAUUCUAAUAUUAGUGGCGCAGGUAAUUAUCCACCAAUAAAGCCGAGUAUACUAAAGGGCACUACGUCACCAGGUGCUUCGGCCCUCUCCGAUGGUGAUGGAACGUCCGCAGCUGUAACGGAUGCUGAUACGACUGAUCCACCUCCUUCAUCUCCUGCAGCUACGAAUACAACUGCGACGGCGACUGCGAACCCGGCCGGUCAAGACCAUUCCCCCGCGAAACCAAAAGCCGGCGCACUAGUGCACUUUCAAUCUUCUGGCACUAUCCCUAAUUUAGCUCCCUCCCGACUGGACUCCACGGCGAGCAACUCAGCGGGCAUGUCCAUGGCGAGUGCUAUGGCCGCGAAGCGGGCUGCGAAGACCAUCAAGGAAAAGGCACGGAAACUUCGCGACGAGCGGCUACAGAAGAUCGAUGCACUGAACCCCGCGGCCAACAACUUGGUGAAAGAGCGACGCGCCCUGCGGGGCCGGAAGGAUAUUUCGCUGAUGCAGCGCAUCGUGGUCUCGAAGCGGUUCGACUUCCUGGUCACGGUGUAUCAAAUGUAAAAGUGUCUGGGUCUGGAAACUUGUGAUGCUGUGUUGCGUAUCAUGAGGACAGGAGGCCACAAUUGCUGGCUCAGCAUGCCAAGUUUCUGAGCUUCUAGGUGUUGCCUAUUCUGCAUGACAAACUACGAUUCUGCAUGACAGAAAAGUGGGGCUCUUUGGUAAUGUGCAUGACAGAUUUCAGAGUCAUGCCAGACAAGCAUGACAAACUUGCAUUGUUCCAGACCCAGACAUUUUUACAUUUGAUACGGUGCUAAUCACGGCGAAUUGCAUCUUGAUGGGGUUCGAAUACCAACUAAGUGCGGACCACAAGGAGGACUACGCCACCGGCAUCGCCUAUGGAAGCGUCAGGUUUGAAAUCGUCAAAGUUGAAAUAAUGACACAUCUACCCUGGUAGAUUCUUUUCGUGGAGUGACUGGAAGGAGUUCCUCCGGUCGCCUUUGUUCAUGGGCUGGCAGAUCCCUAGAAGCUAAUGCCUGGAGGUACUGGACUCCCUUCCCCUGCGAGAGGGGCGGGAGGGUGCCUCCCGUUCGCGGUGUUUGGAUUGCGUUUUGAGCUGUUAGACGCAGCUAUUUUUGUCUUUACGCACAGGCUUACAUGUUCCGCUAGAGUGCGGAGCACUGCCUAGAGGGCAGUCCCAGCGGGGACAGUUUGCGUUUGCCGAUGCUUCGCUAGAGUGCGGGGCAUUGCCUAGAGGGCAGUCCCAGUCGGGACAGUUUGCGUUUGCCGAUGCCUUGCUAGAGUGCGGAGCAUUGCCUAGAGGGCAGGCCCAGCGGGGACAGUUUGCGUUUGCCGAUGCUUCGCUAGAGUGCGGGGCAUUGCCUAGAGGGCAGCCCCAGUCGGGACAGUUUGCGUUUGCCGAUGCCUUGCUAGAGUGCGGAGCAUUGCCUAGAGGGCAGGCCCAGCGGGGACAGUUUGCGUUUGCCGAUGCUUCGCUAGAGUGCGGGGCAUUGCCUAGAGGGCAGCCCCAGUGGGGACAGUUUGCGUUUGCCGAUGCUUCGCUAGAGUGCGGAGCAUUGCCUAGAGGGCAGUCCCAGCGGGGACCGUUUGCGUUUGCCGAUGUUUCGCUAGAGUGCGGAGCAUUGCCUAGAGGGCAGUCCCAGGGGGGACAGUUUUGCGUCUGCCGAUGCUUCGCUAGAGUGCAAGGAAUUUGCCUUGAGGGUUGUCCCAGCGAGGACAGGUUGGCGCAUGCUCGCCAUGGGGGCGGCCUCAGCGGAGGCGGUGUCGCGGUGUUUUGCUACACGGCCGAGUCCAGUGGGGAGUAGUUUUGCGGACAUUUACUAUGGGGCAGUUUUAUCGGAAGAUGCGAAGACAGUGCUGCGUCAGCGUCGGUUUGUUGUGAGGCAGCCCCAGAUAGAGUCGCGGGUAUAAGCAUUGGUAGCCUCAACGAGGAUUGUGCCUUCUGCAGUUGGAUCGUUACCGCUGGAGGGGUUCUGGUGUGGCAGGCCUUCACAACGUUGUCGCUUUCGCUGUAGAGGUGAGGCUGGCCGCGGCCGUCCUGGGGUGUCCUUACCAGAUUGAAAGGGCCACGGUAGUUAGCUUGGGCUGGCAUGCGUCUAUAUGUAUUUCUUCCAUCCUUUUGGGCUCCAGUCUGGGCCGGGUUGUCACGUCUUGAGGGCGUCGCGGUAUGUUUUCUACACUGGGCAAUGGCCUUGCACUCUCGGGGCCGGCGGCCUCUUCUCCCUUGGAGAUUGAUGUUGGUAUGCGCACUCCCCGACCAGAAGUUUUGCGGAGGCCCCCCCGCAUCCGCGCGGGGGAUCUCGGAUGAUAUUCUCCAGAGACUGUUGCUGUUCCGUCUCUUCGUCUUCUUGAAAGUGCUUGCAUUAGCGCGCCGGUAAUGUUGGGGGCAUUGUUUAUUUGCCCAGAGGUCUUGUCUAUUUUGCAAUGUGACAUCUUGUGGCCGGGGUCGCCACUGUUCGGCAGCGUCGUUUGGCGCCUUAUUUCCGUGCUCUAUGGUGGAUAUCGAUAUACCUUCAUCUGUCCUCGAUCCCGCCUUGCUUUGGGAACAGGGGUCGUUUGGCACUGGCGGUACCCAAUCCGUUACCCUUGCGAACUUGUUCCCAUGCUUUGGCUGGGGUUCUUGGUGUCCAAUUUGUUCGCCCUCUGUUCCCUUAGCAGGGUGGGGCCGAGGAUCCUCCAAGUCAAUUACAAUCUAUUGCGCUACAUACUGCUUCGUGCGGGACGAUGGUUGUGGUUCUCUAGUGGCGGACCCGUCCUUCUUGACAGGCUGUCUCUAUGGGCACGGUGUGGCCUCGUUGGCGCGCCGAUACAAUCAUAGGCGCACGGAUUCCUUCCGGCGGUAAGGGGCUCGCGCGCGAGUCUGUAUGCCUUGGGGGCUACGAUAGCGCUAUCGUUCGCCACGCGCUCCUGGGGAGGGCUUUGCUUGUCGCUAGCCACGGCAGGCAUUGCUAGGUCUAGUGCCUCUAGUGAGAUUUUGGCGCCCGUGGAGGCGGAAGGGGGCCGCAAAGGGGCGGCUGUUCGUGCUCGGUCUUCGGUUGUUGGUCAGUAUCCGGGAGUAUGUAAUGCCCUUGUUGCGGGCUUCUGUGGCUUAUUGUUUGGCUUGUCCCGCGGGAAGCACUACCGGGGAUGGCCCCCUGCUCUUUCAGUUGUGCGCCUCUGCGUCCAGUUGCAACGGCUUCUACUUUUGACCCGUUACACGGGGCAGUCUCUCCCGGCGGGCAGGGACGUACUCGAAGAUGUUGCUCGCGUUUGGCUGGCGCUCGGGCGCUUUUGGUUUUGUGUCACGGAGACCGCUGCGCGCGCCGGGGCGGUUUGUCUCCAGGGCGCCUACGUUUCAAGUUUUGCGGGCUCUGAGGCUUUGCUGCGUUUAUUCUGGCGGAAUUGGUGUCAUCACUGUAUUGCCGGAUCCGGAUGUGGUUCGCUUUUUCGCGGUUACUUGGGGCUCGCCUUCCGUGCGGGCUAUAGCUCCGAAGUAGGGGCCGGGGCAAGUGGGGCUGGGCUGGCGCUUCUCUCCCCCCAUUCAACCACCUGCGGUGGGGUUCUGGGGGGUCUUGCCUGUUGGCCAGGUGGUGGUGGAGUGGGUCGUUCCCUGCUGCGGGAGCGAGGGUUCGACCCGCUCGACCCAGCCCCAAUGGCGCCGUCCAACGGGUUACUCGGGUUGGUUUGGCGCAUAGGAUGACAGAUGGAAGGAACGCAACGAAAUUGUAAUGCAUAAAAUGCGAUACAAAAAGCGACUCUAUUGCAGAGGACGCAAGGGAGGCAGAUCAUAAUCCUGGUAAGGGUCAAAAGUUGGACUGCUGACUAGCAUGACAGAAGGCAGCUCUUUUGCCCUAAACCGCAUGACAGACUCGCUUCCAGGACCGGGAAAAUUUGUCAUGCACCGACUACAAACUGCAGGUCUAACUGGUAUCCGUUUUAUGCAUGACAAACUAUUUCAACUUUGACGAUUUCAAACCUGACACAUCCAUAUCGCCAUCGGCGACAGUCUGUUCUUGCUCUUCUUCACGGUGGAGCUGGUCCUGCGCUGCAUGGCGUUCGGGGCGCGCCGAAUUCUGUUCAACUUCCAGUACUCCCUGGACGUGGCCGUGGUGUUGACCGGGUGGCUGUUCGAUGUGUUCUUUCCCCUGGCGACCACGGGGACCAUCACGGUGGCUGGAACGGACCAGAAGGGCGGUGUGCAGAGUGCGGUGAAGAUCCUCCGCGUGUUUCGGGCCUUCCGCGUGCUGCGGUUGCUGACCAUCUUCGAGCACUUGUGGCACGUGGUGCAGUUGUUCUUCUUCUCCCUGACCCCGUUGAUGUGGACGGUUCUGUUCAUCAUGAUCAUCAUCUUCCUGUUCGGGAUCUUUUCCGUCGUCAUCAUCGGGCAGAACGAUAGCAUGACCUACGAAGCGGACGACAACAACCCGGAACACGAGGAGGCGUUCGACAACGCGAAGUCCCUGUUCGGGACGACGCGGGACAGCAUCGUGUAUUUGUUCCAAAUGAUGACGCUGGACGGCUGGACGGACAUGGUCGUCCCCCUGUCCAACGACCACAUUUGGCCCUACUUCUACUUUCUGCUCUUCAUCUCCAUCUCCGCCCUGGGGCUGAUGAAUCUGGUCACCGUGACCGUGCUGGAAACGGCCAGCCGCCAGCAGCGGGAGGUGCGGCGCAACCUGGACAUUGACGAGAAAAUGGGGGAAAUCCAGGACCUGCUCCAGUUCCCCGGACAGGAGGUGGUCAACACGACGCGGACCUUCUUCAUCGAGAACUACAAGAAGUCGCUGGCGUUUCGCAAGGUGUUCGAAAAGCUGGACCUCACGGACGAGGACGCGGGCUACUUCUUCGACGCGAUGGACCUGGACAGCAGCGGCGAGCUCGACCCCUUUGAGCUGUCCACCACGUACAUGGAGUUGACCACCUCCGUGAUGAACUCCACGGCGUCCGUGGCCCUGAUUCGUUCCGCCAAUGUCCCGGAGGAGAAGGGCCGCAUCCUGAAGGCGACGAUGUUGCAGGCGCAGCAGAGCCGCUUCCAGGAGAUCGCGAAGAAAAAUUUCGACGACGGCCUCAAGGCCUCGUCGCGGGCGGCAGUCAAACAGAACGAGCAAAUGCUGGCGGCGCGCGAGGAUCGGGCGUCCAUGAGCGAACGGCAGGACAAGAUUCUGAACGAGCUCGCCGCGUUGCGUGAGGAAGUACAGGCCCUGAACUCGUUGCGGGAAGAGGUUUCCGCUAUGCGCAGCGGGGGCACGAUCAAAAGCGGCGGUGUCGUUGUUCCAGGGGGUACAAUGGGUAGCCAGCAUCCGUAUAAUAAUCUUCACCAGCGCCCGUUCCGGUCCUCGAGCCGGAGUAGAGUAGAUCCCGACCCGCAAUUUGACGCAGUGGCCAUGAUGAGCCAAACGUCGGAUGGAAAGAAAGCGCCGCGUGCAGUAUCCUCGGUCGAUUUAGUCAUCUAGAACUAGUACUUAGUCAACGAGGUGCUUCUGCUCCAGUCUUUCCAUGGUUUACCAAAACAAUUUAGGAACAGAUUAAUGGCACCAAGAACCCAUUCUCUUGAUUUGCCCUGCUCCUUCAGCGGUUUCUGAAACCCGACAUUAGCAAGCGGCUUUCCUUGUGUGCUAACGCGGCUUUUUCGUACUUACGCAGUUUUCCAGCGCUAAUAAACCGGUCUCCCCGAAGAUGUCAUAUGUCUUUUCAAACGCAAGCACAAUGUCAUGAUAAAAAAUCAGAAAAAAACGAACCAGGAAGGGCGUUGU